AUGUUCCUGAGCAGGGCCCUGGGGCUGGCAGAGGACAAGGUCAUGAUGAGGACGUUCUUCUUACUGCUUGCUGUCUGGGCAGGGCUGGCUCCUGUCCAGUGUUCUCAAGGCCGUCCGUCAUGGCGCUACAUGUCCUCUGAGGUGGUCAUUCCCAGGAAGGAGAUGCACCAUGGCAAAGACGUUCGGAUGCCAGGCUGGCUGUCCUACAGCCUGCGAUUUGGGGGCAAAAGGCACAUUAUCCACAUGCGGCGCAAGAAACUGUUUUGGUCCAGACAAAUGCUGAUGAUGACUCAGGACGACCAAGGAGCCUUGCAGAUGGACUAUCCCUUCAUCCCUCCAGACUGUUACUACCUCGGCUACCUGGAGGAGAUUCCUCUUUCCAUGAUCACCAUGGACACAUGCUAUGGGGGUCUUGAAGGUAUCAUCAAGUUGGAUGACCUCGCCUAUGAAAUCAAACCCCUCAGCAAUUCCCAAAGGUUUGAACACAUUGUUUCUCAGAUAGUGGCAGACACCAAAGCAGUGGGACUUACCUAUAAACUGGGACAUCAGGAGGUUAGGGAUCCCCUAUUCUCUCAAGCAAAUGCCAGUGUUGUCCCCAGGAUCUCUAGUAAGAUGUAUUCAUCCCAUCAUGGAAAUAUCAAAGCACUUGCUCUCAGUUCCAACUCAAUGUAUACUGUGUUCAACAACGUGUCAAAAUGUGCCCAAUUCCUCGUAAGGGUAUUUAGUUUAGUUGACACAUUUUUUCAAGGUAUUGAUGUAGCUUUUUAUAUUUCAUCCAUGAUCAUUUAUGAUCAGCAAGAUCCAGCUUCCAUGGGUAAUUAUGAUGUGACAAAAAAUCCAUAUUUUUGGCAUUAUGAGAAGCAUGUGUUUCCAAGUCUUCAACCACAUUCAUCCAUAAUGUUGAUAAAAGAGGGGCCACAGGAUCAUAAUUAUGAGCCUGUUGCAUAUGGCAUAUGCCGUUCUCGAAAUCUCAUCAUGAUUGGUUACUUUGGCAGACCGUAUUUAUUUUUGUCUAUCAUAGCAACACAAAAGGUGGGAAGAAGUGCUGGUAUGUACUAUGACGAUUUAUACUGUUUUUGCCAGAGAAGGUCCACUUGCAUUAUGUACAUACCACCUGGUCUGACAGAUUCCUUCAGUAACUGUUCCUAUACACACAUUCAGCACAUAGUGGGUGGUGGUGUACUUGAGUGCAUGUACAGAACCCAAAAUGAGUAUUUCAAUAAAAGCCUAACCCACAGUCGUUGUGGAAAUCACAUAGUGGAUCAAGGAGAGGAGUGUGACUGUGGCUCCUUCAAACAGUGUUACAACAACCCCUGCUGUACAAAUGCUUGUUCAUUCACCAGUGGCAGCAAAUGCAAUAUAGGCAGGUGCUGUACAAACUGCACCUAUUCCCCUCCUGGAACACUCUGCAGACCAAUCCAAAAUAUAUGUGAUCUUCCCGAGUACUGCCGUGGGAAGUCCUUGGCAUGUCCUGAUGAUUUCUAUAUGCAAGAUGGAACCCCAUGCACCGAAGUGGGCUACUGCUAUCUUGGAAAUUGCACUGACCCCACUGUGCACUGCCAAGAAAUCUUUGGUAAAAAUGCUGUGAAAGGUGAAAAACCCUGCUAUGACAUAAAUAGAAGAGGAGAUAGAUAUGGACACUGCAGGAGAGUAGCUGAACAAAUGAAGAGUACUCCCUGUGCCCAUGAAGACAUUUAUUGUGGAAGGCUGCAGUGUGGCAAUGUCACACACCUCCCCCGCUUGCAAGAACAUGUGGGAUUCCAUCAGUCUCUAAUCUCAGGAUUCUGGUGUUUUGGGCUGGACUCACAUCGCUCCACAGGAACAAAUGAUGUUGGUCAUGUGAGACCAGGUACACCCUGUGGUCCUGGAAAGAUCUGUAGCAAUACCUACUGCAAUGGCAGUGCAGCUCAGCUGAAUUAUGACUGUUUACCUGAGAAAUGCAGUCACAGGGGGAUUUGCAACAAUAACAAGAACUGUCAUUGUCACAUAGGCUGGGAUCCUCCACACUGCAUUGACAGAGGUGCUGGGGGGAGCACAGACAGUGGACCCCCUCCACGUAAAAUGCGGUCAGUCAGGCAAAAUGCUGAAUCUCUGAUAUAUCUGAGAGUGGUCUUUGGUCGCAUUUAUGCCUUAAUAGCUGUGUUCCUGUUUGGUGUCGCCACAAAUGUAAAAACAAUCAGGACAGUUAGAGUUAAGGAAGAGAAAGCUGAUGAAGCCAAUCCUGGACUUAGACUCCAGACCCCCAAACAACAGGAGGAAACCCACAGGAACAUGAAUGAAACUCUACAGUAAGGAAGUUGCAAAGCUGACAUCCACAUUUCCAGGGAUCUGCAAAAGACAGAGUGUUACCAACACAUGUCACCCGACUAUCACACUGUCUGUGACCAGCAUUCUGAAAUAAACUGUGAAAAGCACAUGUUCUGGCUUCUUUAUAUUUUUAUAAGACUGUAG